AUGGAAUACGAGUAUUUUUAUGACAGGGAGAUAAAGUUUGAUUUAUAAACUAAGAAACUUUCACCUUGCUCAGGUGAAUUCGAAAUGAGCAGUUAAAAUUAUAUAGAAGAUUUUAAAGGAAAUGCUGAUUGCGAUGGAGUCUUAGUUUUAACAAAUUUAAGAUUAAUAUGGUAUUAAAAUGAUGAUAAAAGAAUCAACCUAUCAAUAGGUCUUGAUACAAUUAAUAGUUCUGACAUCAAAACUGAAAGAAAUUUAAAAAUAGGAUUAGAGCUGACUCUCUCAAUUAAAGCUAAAUUGAAUAAAAAUAAAUUUGAGUUUAUAUUUAAAACGAAGAAUGGAGAACCGACGAAUAUAUUUAAUCUAUUUUAGCAGGUGUGCAGAGGUUAUUAAGCAACAAAAAUAUAUAGAGAUCUAAAAAGAGGUGCUAUAAUCUAAGAUAAAACUCUUUAAAUUCUACCUAACGAAAAGGUUAUAAGCAAAUAUCCUAAUGUUAGAAGUGUAGGCAAUGAAAUUGGAAUUAUAGGAAAUCUAUUCUUAACUAACAUACGUAUAGCUUGGUUUGCAACCAAUAACGAAAGCUAAAACAUAAGCAUUCCUUGGAUAUAGAUUUCAUCAAUAACCAAAUAAAAUAUAAAGGCAGGAACUUCUCUUUUGAUAGAAAUAAAUAAGUUUACUGGAGGCUACAUUUUAGGUUAUCAAACAGAUUAAAUAGAUCACUGUCUUAAAGAAUGCAAUUAAUUGAAAGAGUACUAUUGCUAAAACCCAGAUUUUGGUAUUCCUAAAAUUGGAGAUGAGUAUGACUCAUCUUACAAGUCUAAAUUAGUAAAAAGAGAAGAAGACAACAUUGAGAUCAUAGGUACAAUCAUUAAUGAAAGAAAAAAUAUUUCAAGAAAUUAUAUGACUAGCUAAAUAACUACAUCUGCCAAUAUACCAGAUUAAUCCCAAGAUUAAUCACAAUAAGGAGACAUUAUAUUUAGUUCAGAAUUAGGUUUAGCCAUCGAAAAACCACCCUAAGGUUGCAAAGUUGAAGAUUUAUGGAGAAUAAUUAAAUCGAAUUCUUGA